UUUAUAUUCUCAGCAGUUAAAAUGGGAUGAACUAAUGGCUCACAAGCAAAGAGUCCGAUUCAGAGGAAUAUAAUGCCAAAGGAGCAAGCCAUAGUAGGGCAAGACAGACAAGAAGAGAUUAAUUUAAAUCAGAGGAAUGGGGAUGAAAAUAUCCCUAAGUUUAUCACAAAUCCAGUUGGAGGAGCAUCUGAAGUCUCUCCUUACAACCCGAAUGAGUCUGUAAAUCUCAACCAACAGAAGAAGGAACAGAGUUGGAAGCAGGAAAGUAACGAUCAGCAUUAUGAGAUGGCCAAUAUGUUCCAGAGCAAGAUGGGUGUUCCUACUACUGAAGUUCAGGAUGGGAAUAUGCCUAAGAGGCAAGAGACUCAAUCGUACCUAAAUAAGCCGUAUGAUUACGGAGGAAGUAUGCCAUAAUUAUUUAUAAAUUUUCUUAAUGAUUAAAUGGGA